CAGAAAGGCACUGUUCAUAUCCUAUUGUUAUCUGCAGGUGAAACACCCAUUCUCUAUCACUUAAGCAGCGGCAAAUUACAAGUACAGUGAAAUGUCCCGGAAGCUAGCUGUGCUGUUGGCGGUGCUGGUGAUCACUGCCGCGGCGGCCGACCUCCAGUCUCCCUCCCGGCUGGACCGCCGGUCCUCCCCGUCUCAGGACGAGGCCGGCGGGCAGAAACGAGCCAACCUAGUGGCGCUGCUGGACGACUACGACGAUGACGUCGGUGAACGUCUCACGGCAGAGGAGGCCGAGGCCUUGAUGAAGUACCUAAAGGAAGCGGUAGGCGGCCUUCGCCGACCGCUGCACAGUGGUCGUUUUUACCAGCCAGGACCUCCUCGUGUGGGCGGGGCGGAACGGGGACCAAGCGUGGACGGGGUGGAGCGGGAGAAGAAGGCACCAGAAGACCCGUCCCGGCUGGCUCAAGCAUUUCGCGCCAUCAAGCCACAGAAGGCCGGGUUUUUCAUUCGCUUCGGAAAGAGGGGUGGGGACGAGGGGGAAGAACGCUAAUCUUACAGCUACAAUCUUUGUUCAUUGGCGGCAAGACGGGGAGAAACAAUAGGUACAAAGAUUGUUCACAACUCGGUCUCUGCUGAGAUGGACAAUAAAUAUUGACGAAUAGCAAAAUUAGAUAAUCAGAAAUCGGAAAGCGAUUACCUCGACAGAAAUAAUGUAGUUCGAGUCGAGAGGAUUGAGAUUUCCUCGCCCAUAUGGCUUUUCAGCCUAAAAUGAAG